AUGGUGUAUGAAGAAUUUUAUUUCGACAAAAGAUUGCAACAGAUCGAGCUGACUUACAUGCUUCCAAAGAAAGUUUUGGCACACUUACCUCAAGAUACUCCGUCUGUCGUAGUUGGAAACAGUCGCCAAUUUCAUUGGUAUUUAGAUCAGUGUUUGGAAGCAUCUAUUCGGUUAUGUGUGACCAUAAAAGACAGAAAGAAGGCCGACGAGAAAGAAAGAAAAAUAAGGGCCAAAAUUGAGGAAGAUGCAGGAAGUCACGAUGAAGAAGACUUGGAUGAAGAAGGAGAUAUAUUUGAUUGCUGCGAUGACUCCGAUGGGGCAUCAGAGGGUGAUGAUGAUUAUUCAGCAUAUGGAAAGUCCAAAACCGUUGUAGAAGACGAUAACCAGAGUCAAGCGACCACUAUUAAAGGAGCACCGAGUAAGACAAAUAAACCGGAUGAGUAUCAGGUACUUGAAAUGUCUGCCUUGAAUGUUGCUGUUGGUCAACGAUAUUGUUGGGUUAAGCAUUGUUCGUGGAAGCUUAGAGCUUCACCAGUUGGAAACAGCUUACAAUUUAACGUUCGGAUAUAUGAUGGAAAUCACACUUGUUCUGUGACAGAGCGUUCUGGCCGUACUCGGCAAGCGACCCAUCAGAUUCUAGGUGUACUUUACAAAGAUUUUGUUGGCGGUGUUGGUCCAAGCGUAUUACCUAAUCAUGUUGCCGAUGCAUUUCAGAAACGAUUUCGCAUUAAGGUUGAAUAUUGGAAGGCUCAUCGUGCUUUGAGACAUGCACGAGAUUUACUAAGGGGAACACCAGAAAGUGGUUACAAAGAGCUCCCCACAUAUCUCUAUCAAAUACGUCGAGCUAAUCCUGGUAGUUAUACACGCCUCCAUGUUGACGAGAGCAACAGGUUUAAGUACAUGUUUAUAGCUUUUGGUGCAAGUAUUACUGGGUUUCAGUACAUGAGGAAAGUCAUAGUAGUUGAUGAUGAUAGGGGACUCGCCAUCAUCUCAGAUAGACACAGAGCCAUUGGAAACGCCAUUGGGAAGAUUUAUCCUCAACCAACUCGGGGAAUUUGCACUUACGAUUUGUAUAAGAAUAUAUUACAACGGUUUAGAGGUGGUGAAUCAUUCAAGCUUGUUAAAAAAGCUGCAAAUGCUUAUCGAAUACACGAAUUUAAUGGUAUUUUCGAAGAAAUUCGACAGGUGAAUCCAGCUUUUCACGCUUACUUGCAAAAGGCUGAUGUGCGGUUGUGGACGCGUGUUCAUUUUCAUGGGGAUAGGUACAAUUUCACCACGACAAAUAUAGCAGAUUCAAUCAACAAAGUCCUUUCAGAGGCUAGAACCUUGCCAAUUAUGCAACUUAUAGACGCUAUAAGGUCAAUGUUGACAAGAUGGUUUGCUAAGCGGCGUGAAGAUGCAAGACUAAUGAAAACCGUCUUAACAUGCGGCAUUGAGAAGUUGCUCGAGGGUCGCAUGGAAAGGUGUAAAGAUCUACCAGUCCAGCAGAUUGAUGCACAUCAAUUUGAAAUCGGUGUUGGAGCAUAUGUCAAUGUUGUCAAUUUAACAAUGAAGAAAUGUACAUGUCGCAUGUUUGACUUGGACAAGAUACCUUGUGUACAUGCUCUUGCGGCUGCGGAUGCAAAAAAGGUUUCACCAAUAAGGCUAUGUCAUCAAUACUAUCACACAACCUAUCUUGGUAACGCUUAUGCUGCAUCCAUUGCCCCAAGGGAUAGACAAUCACCAAUUCCCGCAGAGGUAGAAGCAAAGAUAUGCGUUCCUCCGUUGGUACGCCAACCUCCAGGAAGGCCAAAGAAGUGUAGGUAUAAAUCAGCCAUUGAAGUUGCGUGUGCGAAGAAAGUUCCAAGAAAACUUCCAACUUGCUCCAAAUGUGGUCAAACAGGUCAUAAUGUUAGGACUUGCUCUUUCUUGUUUGUCUCUUGGUUAACUUGGUAG